AUGAUAUCUCGACCCAAACUGUUCACCAGAAGUUUGGCCACAGCAUCCAAGCUUCGUCCAACAGCAGCAAAAAAAACACUGACGACAGAAAAGCGCAAAUAUGCCUACUAUGACCUAGUUUUACGUACACCAACACACCCAACACACCCUAUCGAGUCCUCCUUAAUGACAGCUAACGAAUUGCUGAACCUCAAGCGACAUACAAAGACCAGAUAUGAAGGUAACUACUCCAUCGACACUUCGAUUACCCCUGAAGAACGAAUCAGAAGAGUAUUUGGUGGCCGUAUCAAGGGCGAAGACCGUACUGCAUCUAGCCGUGUUGAGCGAGGCGAGCCACAGGUGAUUGCUGGAAUCACCGUGCCACUGAGACCACCCGAACCCGAUAACUGUUGUAUGAGUGGAUGCAUAAAUUGUGUAUGGGAAUUGUUUGAAGAAGACUUGAAAGAAUGGAAUGAAAAAAGAGAAGAAGCAGCUGCCAAAUUGGUUAAGAUGGCUGAACUGAGAACCAAACUGGGAACCAAACUGGACGAAAAGAGUUUGAGGUGGCCCGAGAAUUUCCAUGCGCCAUUGAAAUUGCUAAAGAGAGAAAACUACCCAGAAUCAUUAAAAGAUAAGAGUGAUGAAGAAUUGUUUGAUAAAAGUAAACCUGGCCAAAGCAAGACAGCAGACGACGAGAAAUGGGGGGACGUGCCAGUGGCAAUCAGAGUAUUUGCCGAAGUGGAGAAGAAAUUAAAGAUGAAACACAAACGCAUAGAAGAGCAACAAACUCAACCACAAGCUCAAUCAUCGCUGGCGUGA